GAAAGUUGCCACCCGCGAAAGCAGCGGCCGCUGGGCGAGUGCGGCAAAAGAAGCUCUGAAGAUUGCGAGCCGAGCGCGCGACAUUCUCGAGCAGCGACCCUCGAAAUACUAUUUUUGACCGCGCCUUCUUCGUGUUGGAUUUCUGUUGCUCGUUGCUUUCGCUGCUGCUUCUGCUUCUCUGUCAUCUCGAAAGACAGAAUAGAAGCCUCUUUCUUGCAUUUUAGUGAUCGGGACUGCGCUGCGGUUCAUACGGCUUGAUCAAUCCGUCCAUCUCAUAUCAAUUCUCGGGCAACAAACACCACCAUCCAACUGUUUCUGUCUGGCCGCCAACAACAAUGUCGAAUCCGCAGAAUUUUUCAAAUCCAAUGAAGAAAUACAAGCUGGUAUUUCUGGGCGAGCAAAGUGUCGGAAAAACCUCAUUAAUAACACGGUUUAUGUACGAUUCGUUUGACUCUCAAUAUGCCGCCACUAUCGGAAUCGAUUUCCUGUCCAAGACCAUGUACUUAGAAGAUCGCACCGUCAGACUACAACUUUGGGACACAGCAGGCCAGGAGCGAUUCAGAAGCUUGAUCCCAUCCUACAUCCGGGAUUCCACCGUCGCCGUUGUCGUUUACGACGUCACUAACCGCAACUCCUUCAUCAACACUUCAAAAUGGAUUGAUGACGUUAGGGCAGAGCGAGGAAAUGAUGUCAUCAUCGUCCUGGUCGGCAACAAGACCGACUUGAACGACAAGCGCCAGGUCACUACCGAGGACGGAGAGAAGAAAGCCAAGGAGGUCAAGGUCAUGUUCAUCGAGACCAGCGCAAAGGCCGGGCACAACGUCAAGACUCUGUUCAGACGGAUCGCGCAGGCACUUCCCGGGAUGGAGAAUUCGAUGGAGGAAACGAACCAGGCGCAGAUGAUUGACGUGAACAUCGACGCCAGCCAAAAGACGGCAAAUGAGGCUGCCUGCAACUGUUAGCCGCCACCUGCUCGCUAACUUCGAUUAGUCGUUUAUUUAUUUUCCCUUCUUCGUGUGCGUGCACCAGAGAUAUUAGAAGCUUUACAUGAUAUCCAGAGAAGAAGCAGGCCGGAGGCGUUGGUUGGGUGACCAAGGAUGGAGAACUGCCGUGAAGUAUGCUUGGUUAAAGGAACUUGGGGGCAGCUGCUUUCCAGUGUGUGAUGGUCCAUAAGCGUGCAUCUUUUGACGACAUUUGGUGAAGUUUGAUCUUUCUUUGUUUCUGUUUUUUUUUCCUAUCUU